UCGCGACUUCCUGCAAGAGUGUGGUUCAGUAAAUCCAGUGCUGCCUUCUUGAGAACAAAACGGGAUCAGCGCACUCAUGGCUACCAAUUCCGGUUUUGCCGACGGCAGACCACAAAGAGGUUCAUCUGUACGGACGGCGAUGCUGUCUACCCAGUUUAACAAGACAAUCCAGGACAUGCGCAGCAAUCAGAUUCUGUGCGAUGUGGUUCUCAAAGGGAUGGACGAUGCAGGCGAGGGCAUUCCUUGUCAUCGCAGUAUUCUCAGCGCGCACAGCUCUUACUUCCGGGCUAUGUUUUCCAUCGGCUUAAAGGAGUGUGUUGAAGACGAAGUCCGUCUACAAAAUAUUCCCAUUAGCAUCCUUAACACGUUAAUUGACUACUUCUACUCAUUUGAACUCGUAAUCGAUAACAGAAACGUCCACGAAAUCCUUGCGGCAGCCAUUUUUCUGGACGUUCACACCUUACCCGACACGUGUUUCGAAUUUAUUGAGCAGCAUCUGGAUCAAGCAAAUUGUGUGAAAGUAUUUCGCUCGCUUCAUUGUCAGACGUUUAGGCCAAACCUCUGUGUUCAUGCCGAAGAUUUGUUUCUGCAACACUUCGUUGAGAUUUCGCACAGCGCAGAAUUCCUGGAUCUCGAUAAAGAUAAGGUGAUGGAGGUUCUUGUUUCCGAUGAUUUGUGCGUCGACGACGAGGACGUUGUUCUGACAGCUAUUAUCCGCUGGAUAGAACACGACCUUCCUACUCGGCGACAACAGUCGUACGAGAUUCUGCAGUCGAUUCGGCCACUGUUUUUGCGUCCGCCAUCGAUUCAACGCUUUAUCCUUGCUAUGGUGAACGCAACCAACGAUACAACUCUUCACAAGCAUCUGGAUGAGUCUGGCUAUUUACAUGAUCUUCCAAAUUCGCAAGGUGAUGCCAGUUCCGGAAAAAGCCGCCCUCGCAUCUUAUACGGUGGAAUCAGUGGUGCCUCUGCCAAUCAAUCGAUCAGUGGAAUCAAUCAAUAUAAGGACCUAAGCUGCCUUUCGUGCGUGGAAGUGUAUGAUACUAGCACAAACCAGUGGAGCCCAAAAUGCAGUAUGAACAAAAUGCGCAGCUACCCCGGAGUCACGGUUGCGAACGGCAAAAUUCACGCAUUAGGAGGCUACGGCUUUGAAUACGAACGCUCUGUUGAAAUAUACGACGAAACUUCAGAUGCAUGGGUUGUGCAGGGUAAACAGCUGCCGACUGGUAGAAGCGGAUUUGGAUGUGUCACACUUCGCGUCAAGAAACCAUGAAUAAAAUGUAAACGACGAGUCGAGGUCAUUUGCAGCACAGCUUUGCCUAAAACACUGGGUACAAAUGUCAUUAGUCGAUAGUUAUCGCAUCCGCAUGAUGUAUCUGUACAGCAUAAUGUGUCUGUCUGGAGCGUUCGCCUUUCGAUGUGCUGAAAACAAUGUUUUUCGUUCGCAUUUCCUCAUGUUCUUCAGAGAAUAGCUUAAUUGUAAAAAUUCAUUGAAGUCAGUAUGUGACCUUUGGACAGUACCAUGUCUUAACUUGAGAAGAGCUGCUGCAAAGAAUUUAUUUGUGAAGGGAAAUGUUAU